AUGGGGUCCAAGAGCGCUCGCAAACAUGCCGCGCAAAAGCAAGACGACCAAAGUUCUGGUGAGAUCAUUUUGUUUUGGGUUGGAACAACCAGCACUGACAACCUCCUAGAUCCCACCGAAGCCGGUCUCCGGCAGCUCAUCCCCGAUGGCGACAUCAUACUUCUCGUUGGGCCCAAGCAGGAAAAGAUCCAGAUCUCGUCGCAUCUGCUCUGCCUAACCUCGCCAGUCUUCAAGGCCAUGCUGAAUGUCCUCUACGGAGCAGAUCCCAGCAUGAAGCUAUUCACGCCCGCGCAAAUCCAAGACAUUGCUAUUUUGGCGGACAAAUACCAGAUGGUCGAUCGAUUCUCGUUCGCUGAAGCAUUCUGGCUGAAGCCACCACCAGUUGAUAAGCGGAUAGACUUUGAAGCAACGUGGAGAUUGAUGACGGCCGCGUAUUUUCUCAAGUCGCAUCGUAGACUGGUACAGUUGAGCAAUGUUUUUGUCACUCAUAGACAAGUGUCGCUCGUGAAGUUCGCCUCUCAGAUGUCAAACUGGACUCUCGGGCUGAAGCUGUCCUUGGCGAUAGAGGAGUAUCGAAGUCGCCACAUGAACACAGUGGGCAUAUGUCUUCAUUGCUUUGAGCAGGUAGAAAAGACUGGCCUUGGGUUUGUGGACAAGAGUCCCAAGUGCCCAGACCCAACUCAUGCCCCCACCAAAUAA